AUGUAUACAAUCGUUUCAGGAAGAAGCGUGGAAGAGGAUCACAACUCGCUGCUCGCCUCCUCCUCAAUCUCGUCGCUGAUUCGUGGCACUCGCGGACAUUUGAACAAUUUCAUCGAAUCCGUCGGAAAUGUGAGUAGUCGCAUUUGCAAACGCAUCGCGUUUAUCCGUCCUCUUCGCUACUAGUGUUACACAAGAAAUUUCAGAAAAUUCUAGAGCACACGGUCUCGUUUUCAUGAAUUGAGCAGGUUUUCUCUGAUUUUUGUGUGGUCAAAGGCGAUGAAAAAUGCGUGUUCGACAUGAAAACACACUAAUUCUCACAGAAUUAAUGACGUUUUGGCGCAUUUUUCGGCAUUUUUUUCCCUAAAAACCCGCACUUUUCAUUUUGCGCUCUCUUGACCGUUUUCCGACAGAAUUGGUUUUGAGAAUGAUAAAUGACGUAAAUACAAGAAUUUAGAGCGCUCGAACAGCGAAAAUUACCGAAAAGCAACUGAAAUUCACGCAGUUUUAGCGAAAAAAACCUUCAAAUUUGACCAAAUUUGACGCUCUUGCGCUUUAAAAAAAAUUUGAAAAAAAUAAAAAUAAAUAAAUAAAAAAAUAAAUAAAAUAAAUAAAAAAAAAUAAAUAAAUAAAUAAAAAAAUAAAAAUAAAUAAAUAAAAAUAAAACUUUGAAAAAAAAAGCUAAUCUGGCAAAAAAACACAAAUUUUUGCUGUUAAAAUUUGAAUUUCGCGCCAAUGUGUGGCUCUCACGAUUCCAAAUCCGAUCCCAGAAAUCGAGCGCGGUUUUUCAGUGGCUUGUACCGUCCUCAUCGGGUCGCGACGACGACGUGGUCUCGCUGGACAGCUGCCAAUCGGUGUACAGUCCCGUCCGUCACCACCACCACCACAACCACAACCACAACCAUCAUCUGAGCAGCGGUGGAGGAGCACUCCUCAUGGAACCCUCCUCCAUCCAUGUACCCGAUAACUAUUAUUCGGUUCGUUAACGUUUCUCGGGGGCGAGAGUUAUAUUGGAAAUUUUUGAAUUUUAGGUGACAAUAGGCGAAGCCCAGAUGGUCGUGCUCAAACGUUAUCAGAAUCUUCGAUUGAUCGGGUCCGGAGCUCAGGGAAUCGUUUGGUAAGGGAUAGAAAGAAAGGAAAACUGAAAUUAAUGUCUUUUCCCUUACAGCUCAGCGUUUGAUACAGUUCGAAACGAGCAAGUAGCCAUCAAAAAGCUAUCGAGACCAUUUCAAAAUGUGACUCACGCGAAAAGAGCGUACAGAGAACUGAAGUUGAUGAGUCUCGUCAAUCAUAAAAAUGUACGUGUUCACUUAUUUGACAUCUUCAAAAGCGCUUCUCAAAAUACCUUAAACUUUCAGAUAAUAGGAAUCCUGAACUGUUUCACACCUCAAUCAAAUCUCGACGAGUUCAACGAUCUGUACAUUGUGAUGGAGUUGAUGGACGCGAACCUUUGUCAGGUUAUUCAAAUGGACCUGGACCACGAACGAUUGUCCUAUUUGCUCUAUCAAAUGUUAUGCGGCAUCCGACAUUUACACUCGGCCGGCAUCAUUCAUAGAGUAUGCUUUGUACACUGACUCAUAUAAAUUGCUCAAUAUAUUGCUUACAGGACCUGAAACCCUCGAACAUCGUCGUCCGCAGUGAUUGUACCCUCAAAAUCCUGGAUUUUGGCCUCGCGCGCACCGCAAUCGAGGCGUUUAUGAUGACUCCGUAUGUGGUUACACGAUACUACAGAGCGCCAGAGGUCAUUUUGGGAAUGGGGUACAAAGAAAAUGGUAUGUGCUCCUUAUGAGGCCAAAUAGAGAAACAGCACACGUUUCCAGUGGAUGUCUGGUCAAUUGGAUGCAUAUUCGGCGAGCUGAUACGCGGACGAGUACUGUUCCCGGGUGGCGAUCAUAUCGAUCAAUGGACUAGGAUUAUUGGUAACUAGCAGAGUUGAGCGGAACAAUUUUUAUAUCUUUUUUAGAAAAUUUUUUCAUGAAAUGUGAUCAACUGACGAAAUGUAUAGCAAAGUGAACUCGGCUCAUAGAAAAAUAAUUGGAAAUUUAGCUUUUCAUACAAAAAAGUUAUUCGAGUUGUUCCGUGAAAAUGGGGGCUAACGGAAGACGGAACUCGAAUAACUUUUUUGUAUGAAAAGCUAAAUUUACAAUUAUUUUUCUAUGAGUAGAGUUCACUUUGCUAUACAUUUCGCCAGUUGAUCACAUUUCAUGAAAAAAUUUUCUAAAAAAGAUAAAAAUUCUUCCGCUGAACUCUGGCAACUACCUCACCUCACUAACUAUUCGGCAAACCUUCAAUAUUCCAGAACAAUUGGGCACUCCGGACCGCUCGUUCCUGGAGCGACUGCAGCCGACAGUUAGGAAUUACGUGGAAAACCGGCCGAGGUACCAGCCGACUCCGUUCGACGUGCUCUUCAGCGACAACAUGUUCCCGUUGACGGCCGACAGUUCUAGACUCACUGGUACCACUUUUCCCGACAUUUUCUUGCUUUAAAUCUUGAAUUUUUAAGCCGCCCAAGCUCGCGAUCUACUCUCACGCAUGCUGGUCAUAGAUCCAGAGAGACGGAUCUCUGUGGAUGACGCGUUGAGGCACCCCUACGUCAAUGUUUGGUUUGAUGAGAUUGAGGUAAGCACUAGAGUGACGGUUGUUACCAACUAUUGUCCAAUUACAGGUAUACGCCCCGCCGCCGCUUCCCUAUGACCACAAUAUGGAUGUGGAGCAGAAUGUGGACUCGUGGCGCGAGCACAUCUUCCGCGAGCUCACCGACUACGCGCGCACCCACGACAUCUACUCGUAA